CUCGUCAACUGUCUAAACAUUAUCAACUCGCCACGGCUGACAGGUUUCACGAAAAACAGUUGUAGCCCAUGACUUGACAGGUAAUUUGCUUCAGAAAUUGUGCCCCUGAAGAUGUCGUACCCACAAAAUCCUCCUUACCCGCAAAAUCCCCAGUACCCCCCAGGUGAAGGUUAUCACCAGGGUCAGGGCCAGCCUAUCACCAUGCAGCCAAUCCAGCCUUAUCAGCCAGGCAUGCCAGCUGGACCAGGUGGCCCUAUGGGUCCAGGGUGGAUGGCUAUGCCACAUGCCCCUCCCCCGAACUGCCCUCCGGGUCUGGAAUACCUUAGUCAGAUAGACCAACUGCUGGUCAAACAGAAAAUGGAAAUUCUUGAAGCUUUUUCUGGAUUUGAAACCAAUAACAAAUAUGAAAUCCUGAACUCCAUUGGACAAAGGGUUUAUUAUGCAGCAGAAGAAACAAACUUUUGUGUUCGUAAUUGCUGUGGCGCUCGUCGUCCUUUCCACAUGCGUAUCAUGGACAACACCUGUCAACAGGUGAUCCGUCUGAACCGAGCGUUCAGGUGUGAAUCCUGCUUCUGCUUCUGCUGUCUACAGAAAGUAGAAGUGGAGGCACCCCCUGGUAACAUAGUGGGCUAUAUCCGUCAACAGUGCAGUCCGUGUUACCCACGAUUCACCAUUAGGAACGCACAGGACGAGACGGUUCUGAAGAUCUCGGGCCCAUGCUGUACUUGGAGCAUGUGCGGAGACGUGGAAUUUGACGUGUUGACAGGGGAUGGCAGUAGUCGUGUGGGCAGAAUAACCAAGCAGUGGUCAGGGCUGGGCAAGGAGUACUUCACCGAUGCAGACAACUUUGGUAUUUCCUUCCCCAUGGACCUGGACGUUAACAUGAAGGCAGUCAUGCUGGGAGCUGUGUUCUUAAUCGAUUUCAUGUUCUUUGAAGUAGGCCCAAAAUCCAAGAAGAAGAUCAAACAUUAAUGGUAAGAACCAAAUGUGUAAUGCUUUUAUGUUGUUGCCGAUGUUUAUUUUAUAAACCCCGUGUUUUCAUAUACACCCACCCAUGUUUUUAUAAACCCCGUGUUUUCAUAUACACCCACCCAUGUUUUUAUAAAACCCAUGUUUUUAUAUUCACCCACCCACAUUUUUAUAAAACCCAUGUUUUUAUAUCCACCUAUGUUUUUAUACCCACCAUAUCAACAUGUAUUCUGGUGAAACAUCUUGUGUCAACUACUUGUUAAUUCAGUGAGGCAGCGCUGUAAUGUGUCAGCAUUGUUAAAAUAAAACACUGCAGAGAUUCACAGAAGUAAUGUGGAAAGUGACAUUUACCCCAAACAAGGAAGCAGCUAUAUCUAAAAUGAUGAGAUCUCGCUGACAGCUUUUAAAGGAUACCU